AUGUUGAUCACUAACUGGUACCGGAAACCUACAUUUUCCGGUAGAUACACGAAUUACUUUACUAGCAAUCCCACAACGCAUAAGAUUAAUGUAGUCACUGGCUUGACCGACCGUGCCAUUUUACUAUCAGACAAUCGUUUUCACAAUGACAACAUUACCGUGGUCAAAGAAAUUUUAAUUCAGAAUUGUUAUCCACUUGAUUUGAUCAAUAAGUACAUCCAUAAGAGGCGGAAAAGCAUUAAGUAUAGGAGUCAGACCAUUGAUUGUGUUCCGGACAACAAUAACAGCAGUAAAAACGACAAUAACAACAAUAAUAAUGACAAUAACGACAAUGAUAAUGACAAUAGCAAUCAUAAACAUUUUGUGAGCAUUCCAUACGUUAAAGGUGUAAGCGAAAACCUCUCAGGCCUUCUGAAGGACUGUCAAUUCAGAACUGUUUAUUCAGUUUUUAAAAAAUUGAAUUCGUUAAUUAAGCUUGGUAAAGACAGACUCAGCAAGGGUGAAAGAACUGGAGUGGUUUACCAAAUUAACUGUAUGGAUUGUGAGGCUUGCUACAUAGGCCAAACGAAACGGCAUCUGAACACUCGCAUUAGAGAACACCAAUUGGACAUUACUAAAAAAAUUAUAGUUGUUUGUCGGUCGUAA